AUGUUUCAAAAUGUUGAUCGGGAGGCUUUCAAAAUACGUGCUAUACGUGCAAGAGUAGGUACGUGCAAGAAUGGGUACGUGCAAGAAUGGGUACGUGCAAGAGUAGGUACGUGCAAGAAUGGGUACGUGCAAGAAUGGGUACGUGCAAGAGUAG